GGCAUCCCGCACUGCUCUGAUCUCAGCUUGAGUCAAUUUCACAGGAAAAGUCGACCCUAAUGGUAUAGUCAUCAAAACCAUUAAAAGAGCUCUGCUGAUUUCCAAGUGGAUAUUCAAUCUGGACACAUGCGAGGCACCAAAAGCGACUAGCACCAUCUAUCUUAAAAGGGUAUUUUUGCUUAGUGAAACUUUACUGUUGUGUAAUCUAACUAGUACGCAAAGAAAACUGACACGAUCUCCAAGAUAUUGAACAAUUACACUCCGCAGUGUUUCAAUCUCAACUUCAAAAGCCCCUACGGUACUGAUCCUGGGUCUUUUCAAGCCGGGGGUGGGAGGGGGGGGCUUUUGUUUGAUCACAAAUGUUAGCGGUGGAGCAGAUGGAUACUAAUCGCCAGAGUGCUUUCGUCUUGGGCAGUACACCGCUGGCAGCUCUCCAUAACAUGGCUGAAAUGAAGACCUCUUUAUUCCCUUACGCUCUGCAGAAUCACUCGGGUUUUAAGGCAUCUUCGCUAACUAGCUUGAACGCUCAGUUUCCCCUGGGGACGCCACACGGAAUUAGUGACAUCCUGGGAAGACCCAUUACUACAGCCAGCGGUCUUCUUUCGGGACUUCCUCGGAUAAACGGACUGACCACUUCGGCAGGAAUGUAUUUUAACCCGGCUACCGUUUCUCGAUACCCUAAGCCCUUGACGGAACUCCCUGGCAGAGCCCCCAUUUUCUGGCCUGGAGUCAUGCAAGGGUCCCCUUGGAGAGAUCCACGACUCGCCUGCCCGUCUCAAGCUAACAUGCUUCUUGAUAAAGACGGAAAGAAAAAGCAUUCUCGACCGACUUUUUCAGGACAGCAGAUAUUUGCUUUGGAGAAAACUUUUGAACAAACAAAAUAUCUGGCAGGUCCAGAGAGAGCCCGUCUGGCUUAUUCUUUGGGAAUGACGGAAAGCCAAGUCAAGGUAUGGUUUCAAAACAGGAGAACCAAAUGGAGAAAAAGGCACGCAGCAGAGAUGGCCACGGCAAAGAAAAAGCACGAUUCAGAAACAGAAAAAUUAAAGGAGAGCUCGGACAACGAGGACGAUGAUGAAUACAACAAGCCGCUGGACCCCAACUCUGAUGACGAGAAAAUAACGAGAUUGCUGAAAAAGCACAAGGCAACGAAUUUAUCACUCUUAAGUCCGUGCAGUAACAGCUCGGAUACAUUGUGAUAAACACACACACACACACACAUAUAUAUAUAUAUAUAUAUAUA